ACCGUCUCCCUUGUCACUGAUCGCUCAAGCCUGAGCACCUCUGCCUCUGCGCCAGUCCGUGAACAAGUCCUGGCGCCAUCUGAUCAUUUGCAUUUCCCGUCGCGUCUUUUUCCUGUCGCGUCUUCAACGAAGCUCAACAAGGCUCCGGCGUCCAAGCUAGAUCUCAAGCAUUUGCACAUAGAGAGCAGCCAUCAUGUCAUAUAACGACAACGGGUACAGCCACAAUAACUACCAGUCCAACGGCGGACCUAAUGGCGGCGGCUACGGAGGAGGAGGAGGCGGCGGCGGCUUUUCAGCAUCACAAACAACCCCCGGUGGUGGCGACAAGAAGACAUCCAGCACUGUUCUCCGUCCAGUCACCAUCAAACAGAUCCUCGAUGCUUCACAAACACACCCAGAUGCACCAUUCCAAGCGGAUGGUGUGGAAAUCUUGCACAUCACCUUUGUUGCAAAAGUCGUGAAUGUCUCUUCUGCCUCAACGCACAUCACCUAUAAAUUCGAUGAUGACACAGGUGUCAUUGAAGUCAAGAAGUGGAUUGAUGCCGAUGCAGCAGAUCAAGCCAUUGAGAUUGAAAAUGGUAUGCAUGCGCGUGUCCUGGGCAAUAUGAAGUCCUUUAAUGGGAAACGCAGUGUUGCCUCCACGGCGAUUCGUAAAGUGACGGAUGAGCAGGAAGUUGCAUAUCAUGCACUUGAAACGAAAUACGCAUCACUCUACCUAACGCGCGGACCACCGGAUGAUGAUUCUGCUGGUGCCAAUGGACAAGCAGCAGGUGCAGGUGCACAAUCAGGUCAAGGCAAUGGUCUUGGACAAAAAGUGCAAGAUGAGCUACGCCAUCUCGAUGAUUUCAGUCGUAAGAUUGUUGAAGCGAUUGUCAAGAAUACCGUCAAUGAAGAUGGUAUUCAUGUGCGUACGCUGGCGGGGUUGAUGGGUGGUGGUGGUGAUAUUCUGGCAACCAUUGAGGCACUUAAGGAGGAAGGCAUCAUUUACACCACCAUUGAUGAAGACCAUGUCAAGACAACCAUGGAGUAGGCUUUGUAUAUAGACAGAGACAAAGACAUGACAUGCAAUUGAAUUGAGGCGUUACGGAGACAGCAGGAACAAAGAAUGCAUCAAGAUGACCUCUUUGGCUUGCCAUCAUCUAGCUAGGUUUCAUAACUCAAGACGCGCCAGGCCGAUAAAUAUUCAUGCU